AUGCGUUUAGGUUUUCUCACAUGAAUCGGAGCUGUUGUUUAUUUUAUGAUUUAAAGCUAUCUAUCUCUUCUUUCUUCUUCUUCUUUCUUCCCUUUAAUUUUAUUUAUUUAUUUGUUUUAUUUUCUUCAAGUGUACACACCAAAUGUUAAGAACAGUUUCUAAAUUAAUAUGUACAAACAGUCGUCGUCAUUAUUCUACUGAAGCAUCCAGUAUGGGUAUGGGUUUUAGUUUAACAGAAGAACAAAAAUCCAUUCAGCAAAUGGCUCGUAAAUUUGCUCGCGAAGAAAUUAUACCUGUCGCUGCUGAAUAUGAUCGAACAGGAAGAUAUCCAACUGAAAUUAUUAAAAAGGCAUGGGAAUUAGGUUUAGUGAAUACACAUAUUGAAGCUCAAUAUGGUGGCAUGGGUUUAGGUGUUCUGGAUAGCGCCAUUAUCUCUGAGGAAUUAGCCUUUGGCUGUACAGGUAUACAGACAGCGAUUGAGGCUAAUAAUUUAGCAGAGGCACCUUUAGUGGUAGCAGGGAACGACUUUCAAAAGAGAAAAUAUUUAGGUCGUAUGACAGAGGCCCCCUUAAUGGCUUCUUAUGGCGUUACAGAGCCUGGCGCAGGCUCAGAUGUGGCUGGUUUAUCUACCUCUGCGGUAAAAAUGAAAAGGGAUGGAAGUUGGGUUAUCAAUGGACAAAAGAUGUGGAUCACAAAUUCAGGUCAUGCAAAUUGGUUCUUUGUCUUGGCUCGUACAGAUGCAAAUGCGAAUACAGGUAAAGCCUUUACAGGGUUUAUCGUGGAUGCAGAUACACCUGGUAUUAGUAUAGGUCGUAAAGAGAUCAAUAUGGGUCAACGUGCAUCAGAUACGCGUGGGGUUACAUUUGAAGAUGUCGUUGUACCCGCUGAGAAUGUCUUGGGUGCUGAAGGAGAUGGCUUUAAGAUUGCUAUGAAUGCCUUUGAUAUCACACGUCCAUUAGUAGCCUCGGGUGCUAUCGGUUUAGCUCGUCGAGCCAUGGAAGAAGCGACUCGUUAUUCUUUAGAACGUAAAACGAUGGGUAAACCUAUCUUUCAUCAUCAAGCUGUCUCAUUCAUGUUGGCAGAUAUGGCAAUAGGUAUUGAAAGUGCACGUAUGAUGGUCUAUCGUUCAGCUUAUAUGAGAGAUCAAGGAGAAAAGAAUACAUGGCAUGCAAGUAUUGCUAAAGCUUUAGCUGGUGAUGUAGCUAAUAAAUGUGCUACAGAUGCUGUUCAAAUCUUUGGUGGGAAUGGGUUUAAUACAGAAUAUCCAGUUGAAAAAUUAAUGCGUGAUGCAAAGAUAUUUCAAAUAUAUGAAGGUACAGCACAAAUUCAACGUUUAAUUAUCUCUCGUGGUUUAGCAGAUGCUGUAAAGAAUGGUGCAGAUGCUCUUGGUGGUUUUUAAGAAAAAAAUAAAAUAAAUAAAUAAAAUAAAAUAAAGUAAAAUAAAUAGGGCUUUAUUACGAAAUAAUAGUGGUAUAAACAUG